AUGCCGAAAAAAGUAGCAAAAGUUGAUAGCGUUGAUACAACCAAAGAAAUUUUAAAUCUUGAGUUAGAAGGAUAUUCACCGGGUAUUAGUGAUCGUGAUAGCAUUACAAUCCUGUUGAAACAUCUUUUCCCUAACGACUGUGUUAUCAAUGUUGAGAACCUUGCCGAAUAUAUUGUGUCACAAGACUCAGUUGGUACUGUAGUUAAACCUACAUGUGAUGAUGAAAGCGAUGAUGAUGAUGACGAUGAUAACAUAGUGUUUGCAGUGACCAGCGUGGUAGAUUUAAGCCAUGAGUCAGCUAUGAAACACUCCGUAGUCAAAGAUCUUAGAAACUUCAUCCUUGAGGGAGUUAAAAGUUCGAAAAACGUUCCGACGAGAUGUAAGGUCGAGGAGCUUCUUGAGAAGGAUGUGGACUGCAAAUCAUUUCUUCUUAUUAAUGAACGGUUCGAAAACCUACCACUUUCUAUUUGUUCUGAAGCUAUUUCUUCCUUACCAUCUGAAUUUAAAUCCUCUGAUUUACUCCCUACUCAUCUCUUCAUAUUAUCAUGGGCAUAUUCAGAAGAAGUCAAAGACAGUGAUAAGAAAUACGAAUUUGCAUAUCCCGAAAUCGAAUUUGUUGUUCCCCAUGCUCUACAUGUAUUGGAAUUAGAUCAUAACAGUCUUACUCUUCAUAGUGCAAAAAAGAAACAAAGUAGUGAUGGCGAUGAUGAUGAAGGAACAAACGACUUUAAUACUUUGUUAUUGAUAAUUAUCCCAAUGGACAGAUUCCAUGACAUGUUAACUUCCUUGGCUAGUCACGUGUAAAUAUACUGAGUUUGCAACUGU